AUGUCACCAUACCUGAUGGGUCAGUGUUCAAGUGUGAUGAGUGCGGUGUAUCUGUUGCAGCGCGCCCAUACACCUGGUGACCGGCUCCGCGGGCUGCCAGGAGGGACGAGAUCACUUCAAACACGACCCAGCCUCUUGGUCCGCAUUCCGCUCCCAGGACUACGGGUACACGAGACUCAAGGUUUACAACAAAACGCAUGUUCAUAUAGAACAGGUAAAGCACACGGACACUAUAAAGACAAUUUCGUGAAAUUAGCUUAA